ACUCAUCACUGCUCCGGCUCGGACCCAAACAUCCCCCCCAAGUUUCUCCGCGCGGGACAGUAUCAGUGCUAUGCAUCGGCUGGUCCUCACCACCACCCUCUUGAGUAAAGAGUUUUGUCCGGACCCUCACUCAGCGCCAUGUCCAGAGUCGUCCAGAGGAAGAACCACUGGAUCAGCAGAGUGAACCAGUGCGCGGUCAGCCGGGGCGCGGGCGGGGAGCUGAACGUGGAGCUGCGCGGCGGCGCGGAGACCGGGGAGUUCUCUUACAUCGGACACAUCAGGAAGGAUGCUGUGCUUUACCAGGACGGUAAACUCAGUGAGGGAGAACUGCUGCUGGAGGUAGACGGCUCGUCUGUUUCUGGAUUACCCCUUUAUGACAUUUUUAGUCUUAUCAACUGCUGCAAAGGUCCCGUCAGGUUAAAAACGGUCCGUCAAGGGAACAAACUCAACAAGGACCUGAAGCACUUCCUUAGCCUGAGGUUUCAGAAGUCUUCACCUGACCACGAACUGCAGAAGACGAUAAGAGCCAAUCUAUAUCGUCAUGCUGUGCCUUGUACGACCCGCGCCCCUCGAGACGGAGAGCUUCCAGGGGUGGAUUACAACUUCCUGUCUGUGGACGACUUUCUGCAGCUCGAGGAGAGUGGUACGCUGUUGGAAAUAGGCACAUAUGAAGGUAACUAUUAUGGGACCCCCAAGCCGCCUAGGCAGCCCAUCAUUGGGACAGUGACUCUCAGUGAUGCAGGCUCCUAUCAGUCCACCCCAAAGCGCACAAAGUCCUACAAUGACAUGCAAAACGCCCGUGUAGUGCCUGCUGACGACGACGAUGACGACCAGGCCCCGGAAAUGAACAACAGUUUUACAGGAUCCUUAGUGCGUAGUCUCUUCCCCUCUCCUUUGUUGUGCACAGGUAACCCUAACGACCAGGACGAGAGCCGUGGCGGCAUCCUCCGGCCGUACCCUGCGCGUGAUAAUGCUCUGUCCUGUGGUCUGAACAAUGCGGCCCCCCCUGCAGAAAGCGGGCAGCAUUUACUUGCUGAACCACAGGUCUCUCCUGAGGACCCACUGGGACCACUGCCUGAAAACUGGGAGAUGGCCUACACUGAGAAUGGAGAACUCUACUUCAUAGACCACAACACAAAGACCACAUCAUGGCUGGAUCCCCGGUGUAGAGACAAAGCAACCAGGCCUUUGGAAGAGUGUGAUGAUGAUGAAGAAGGGAUACACACAGAAGACCUGGAAAGUGAUUUAGAGCUGCCGCCAGGAUGGGAGAGAAUAGACGAUCCCGUGUACGGGGUGUAUUACGUAGAUCACAUAAACAGGAAGACCCAGUAUGAAAACCCAGUGGUGGAGGCGCGGCGUAGAAAAAUCCUGGAACAGCACCAACAGCCGCAGCCUCCAGAAGGUGAGCGGUACAUUCGAGAGUGGAUAGAGGAGCACUCGUCAGCUGCAGCCCCACUGGCCAACUACGCUCCAAACCACCUGGAGACCUACAGGGACCCACAAGGCCCUCCAGCUCUACCUCCCGGGCCUUCAGGAGUUAAACGAGGGAAACCUUUUUUCACGAGAAACCCAGCCGAGCUUAAAGGAACUUUCAUCAACACGAAGCUGAAGAAAAGUCGGCGGGGGUUCGGCUUCACUGUGGUUGGAGGGGAUGAACCCGAUGAGUUUCUGCAGAUCAAGAGUCUGGUGCUGGAUGGCCCUGCGGCUGUGGAUGGCAAGAUGGAGACAGGAGAUGUGAUAGUCAGUGUGAAUGACACCAUUGUGCUGGGAUACACCCAUGCUCAGGUGGUGAAGAUCUUUCAGUCCAUCCCUAUCGGCUCCAUGGUGGACUUGGCCUUGUGUCGGGGUUACCCGCUGCCCUUUGACCCAGAUGACCCCAACACCAGUUUGGUGACCUCAGUGGCAAUAUUGGACAAGGAGCCAAUCAUCGUUAAUGGCCAAGAGGCGUUUGACUCACCUGCUAACCAGGGCGGCCCCAUUAAUGGCAUGCGUGAGCCGAGGUCCCACAGCCCCUCAGCUGAGGUAGCAUCUAACAGCUCACACGGCUACUCCAGUGAUGUGGUCAACCUGGCCUCCUCCAUAGCCACCCAGCCUGAGCUGAUCACCAUCCACAUGGAAAAGGGGGACAAAGGCUUCGGCUUCACCAUCGCCGACAGCCUGACAGGAGGAGGGCAGAGGGUUAAGCAGAUAGUGGACUAUCCACGAUGCCGUGGCCUAAAAGAGGGGGACAUUCUGAUGGAGGUCAACAAGAGAAAUGUCCAGAAUAUGAGCCACAACCAGGUGGUGGAUCUGCUGAGUAAAUGUCCCAGAGGCAGCGAGGUCACUAUGCUGGUGCAACGAGGAGUGGUGCCAGCCAAGAGGAGUCCAAAGCUGGUGCACCAGUUGGAGAGAAAGGACAGUCAGAGCAGCUCCCAGCACAGUGUGUGCAGCCAUCGGAGCACCCACACCGAUUCUCCCAGCCACCCACCCUCUGCCAUGCCCAGCGAGGCGGUGGUUCCCACUCCCGCCCCCACUCAGCCUCUGCCAGGCCUGCCCCCCCACGACCCCACAGAUGGCACUCUCACCCUCCAGAAGAAGCCGGACCCCUUUAAGAUCUGGGCGCAGUCAAGGAGCAUGUACGAGAGUCGACUACCAGAUUGCCAGGAGCAGGACAUCUUCCUUUGGCGUAAGGAUACAGGCUUCGGCUUUCGUAUCUUGGGAGGAAAUGAGCCUGGCGAGCCUAUCUACAUAGGACACAUAGUGAAGUAUGGGGCUGCAGAUGAGGAUGGGCGGCUGCGGUCGGGCGAUGAGCUCAUCUGUGUGGACGGCACAGCGGUAGUGGGCAAGUCGCACCAGCUGGUGGUGCAGCUGAUGCAGCAGGCCGCCAAACAAGGCCACGUCAACCUCACUGUCAGACGCAAGAGCCCCGGAUACCCAGUGUCAAAAGGAGAAGGUGAUGUCCCCCCCUCGCCAGCAUCCUCCCACCACAGCAGCACCCAGGCGCCCAGUUUGACAGAAGGCAAGCGGACCCCUCAGGGGAGCCAGAACUCGCUCAACACCGUCAGCUCUGGCAGCGGCUCCACCAGCGGCAUAGGGAGCGGCGGCGGAGGGGGCAGCGGCAGCGCGGUGGUGCCCGCUUCUUUGCAGCCGUACGAUGUGGAGAUCCAGCGAGGAGAAAAUGAGGGAUUCGGUUUCGUCAUCGUGUCAUCCGUUUCCAGGCCCGAUGCUGGCACCACCUUCGCUGGAAAUGCUUGUGUGGCAAUGCCCCACAAAAUAGGUCGAAUCAUUGAGGGAAGCCCGGCAGACCGCUGUGGGAAGCUGAAAGUCGGGGACCGAAUACUCGCUGUCAACGGCUGCUCCAUCACCAACAAGUCCCACUCAGACAUCGUCAACCUGAUCAAGGAAGCUGGGAACACAGUUUCACUCAGGAUCAUCCCGGGGGACGAGUCUUCCAAUGCUUCUCUGCUGACGAACGCUGAGAAGAUCGCUACCAUUACCACCACACACACACCUCAGUCCACAGAGCCUCGGAAUAAUUCAAAGUCAAAAGGAGUUCCCCCUGCACCCCCCUUACAAACCCAAACACAGGAUGCAGAGUUUUACUCCGUGGACCUAGAGAGGGACAGUAAAGGAUUUGGCUUCAGUUUGAGAGGAGGACGGGAGUACAGCAUGGACCUUUAUGUGUUGAGACUAGCGGAGGAUGGAGCUGCUGUUAGAAAUGGCAAGAUGAGGGUGGGGGACGAAAUCCUUGAGAUUAACGGUGAGAGCACAAAGAACAUGAAGCAUUCACGAGCCAUUGAACUGAUUAAGAACGGUGGUCGGAGGGCACGGCUCGUCCUCAAACGGGGGGAUGGAUCUGUACCUGAAUAUGACGGCAGCAGUGACGGGCACCCUUCCACACCCGGGGCACAAAACACUCCGGAAGUAAGAACGCUGCCACUCAACAGCCGAUAUCACACCUCAUUGGAGUCCAGUUAUCCACCAGACCUUCACAAACCAUCACGCCUGGAGGAGGCUUCACGUGGUCGAGAUAUGAGCAAGAACAGGGACAGGACAGGGUCAGAUCAGAUGGACUUCCAAAUCUGGCAAUUUAACCCCCAUCAUCAUACGUGGAAUAACAGUCACAGUCAAAAUACCCCCAGACAGCAGUCCCCCAACAACAGUAACAGCAGUAGCAACGGAAACAAGAAGAGCCGAGGCCGCAAAGUCAAGAAGUCUGAGUCGGAGAGCGGCAUCUCUAAACUCUUAAAGACUCUGAGGAAAGACAACUCGGGGAAAAAGGCUGCUGCUGCUGCUGAGAAACUGAAGGGAGGAGAGCUCUCUAGCAGCAGCUAUGCUGCAAACGGGAGAUUUAAUUUGCAGCGUCGUGGCUCCCUUGACCGCUCGCCAACCAGGAAGCGCACCUCGUCUCCAGAUCAUCGGCGGGCAAAAUCGAUGGACCGCAGGGAACGAGUGCAUCGUGACCGCACACCUGAGAGAGAGCGCGAUGAUGGCGGGUUCCUCUCAGUCACCCCUGAACGGAAGCUCUUGGAGCGAAGGCUCCUCAAGGACUCACAGGUCGCUGGGCGAGUCAGCGGGGCUUCAACCCCCGAGCGCUCCAACAAAACCGGGGACACCUUGUCUCUUAGCAGGGGCCGUGCAUACGAUAGAGCCACGAAGAACGGAAACCUUCUGAGAGACUCUUCCUCUGAGAGGAGGGAGGUGCAACAUGGAGUGAACGGGGCAAUGGAGAGACGAUACAGAGCGGAGCGGGACUCUUCCCCUGACAGCAGCUACAGCCACGACGAGCUGAACUAUGCAGCACAACCAAGACUGAAGGACUACUACAGUAUGAUGAAGAACAACGCUGCCCACAACAAUGCUGCCUCCAACUUCACUGGCCAUAUCAAUAACACAAUGGACCGCGGCUCAAACCAGAUCCCUGAGCCUAAGAGGAGGCUGUACAAAGAGAGCCCGAAAGACCUCAGCAUCUAGAGCAGAGCAGAGAUUCCCUCGCCACUCUCUCCUCUGUCUGUGCGAAUGAUGUACCAUACACUGGAAUUAGACUUCUGACGAUACUAACUCGUAUUCUGUAUUUGGUCAAAUGGUUGGUUUAUUUGAUUGACUUUACUUGUGAUCCCAUCCAGAGAUUCAUAAAACAGCAGGAGUACAAUCCUUCUAUCAGUUUUUACUGGUUGUUUUGUCAUUGUUCUAGUUAUUUUGAACAUAACAGAGGUUGUUGUACUAUAGUAAAGGUAUUGUAUGUGCCUGCUUAUGAAAUCAGUAAUAUUACUUUUUGUAGGCAUUGCUGACUCUGAAUAUUUGUUUCCUCAGAGGUGUGAACCAUACUUCAAUUUGUGGUAACGUCAAACUACUGACCUUGUUUGAAACGUUUUUUUUGUUUGUUUGUUUUCUUUAAGACGUCUUCUACGACUCCUGAAUUGCUUCACUGAACAAACUAUAGCACAAAACGCUGAUGGUUCACAAUAAGUGUGGAAAUCACAAUGGAAUUGAAGCAAAAAUCUAAAUUUAAGUGUUAAAUUAUUUACAAAAAUUAUAAUAUAAAUAUAUAUGAAAUUUUAACUCACUAUUUAUUUUUGAUUUGGCACAUAUCUCAAGCAAGCUACUUUAAAUCUUUAAAGACCAAGGUAGAAGUGUAAGCAUGCCUCCUUGUGUUCAGUGAUUGAAUGUCUGAGCCCUCACCCUCCCUUUGCUUAAAUACACAUGCUUCUCAGAGAAAUCAGGAACGCAGCAUUUCUGUUUUUACAGCCCCCACCCCAGAGUGAGAGCCCAAAAAGUUGAAUACCCUUGGUUGAAUACCCUCCUCUGUGUCCCGGUGUAGUGGGGAAGGACCUUGACUCACUUUCAACUGCAGGCAAAACUGUUCUCGACAGUGGGAAAAUAAGUCGUCCAAAUGUGUUACUCACUAAAAUUUCUUUUUAACAAUGUCAACAAAACUUCCAUUAUGCCAUAAUACCAGCUGAAGCUGCCACGAAGAAUGAUUUUUCAGAUCAGAUAUGCCAAAAAAAAAAAAAACACA